GCCCGUCCUACCCCACUCCAGGCCAUGAUGAUGCUAAGGUUCAUCGCACUUGCUCUGGUGGCAGGGCAUGUAGGGGGAGAGACGAGGAUCAUCAAGGGUUACGAGUGCUCCCCUCACUCCCAGCCAUGGCAGGUGGCCCUCUUUCAGAAGACUCGGCUGCUCUGUGGGGCAACCCUCAUCGCUCCCAAAUGGCUCCUGACAGCAGCCCACUGCCGCAAGCCCCACUACGUGGUCCUCCUUGGGGAGCACAAUCUGGAGAAGACAGAUGGCUGGGAGCAGAGGCGGACGGCCACUGAGUCCUUCCCCCACCCCGACUUCAACAACAGCCUCCCCAACAAAGACCACCGGAACGACAUAAUGCUUGUGAAGCUGUCCUCUCCCGCCCUCAUUACCCGAGCCGUGCGGCCGCUCACCCUGUCUCCACACUGUGUCAUGGCGGGCACCAGCUGCCUCAUUUCCGGAUGGGGCACCACGUCCAGCCCCCAGUUGCGCCUGCCUCAUGCCUUACGAUGCGCCAACGUCUCCAUCAUUGAACACGAGAAGUGUGAGAGGGCCUACCCGGGCAACAUCACAGACACCAUGCUGUGCGCCAGCGUUCGGAAAGAGGGCAAGGACUCCUGUCAGGGUGACUCCGGAGGCCCUCUGGUCUGUAACGGAUCUCUUCAAGGCAUCAUCUCGUGGGGUCAGGACCCAUGUGCGGUUACCAGAAAGCCCGGUGUCUAUACAAAAGUGUGCAAAUUCAUAGAAUGGGUCUACCACACUAUGAGGAACAACUAGAGGGGACCUGCUCGCCACCACCAGAUCUCUCCACUCCUUAAUGCUUUGACUUCUGUCCAUUCUGCCCUAAGAAGCCCGCAGCGGGGACCUUUGCAUGCACUGUCUUUUGACCCAUUGUGGGUAUAAUUUAGGGGAUGCUCUAGCCUGACGAUUGACUUGGGGCUUGAACUAAGUUGUGACUCUGGACUUGAUCAUCACU